AACCAUUACUAAUAAGAAGAAACAAGUGAUCCAUGGAGACAGGAAGAAGAAGACGCUGUCGACUCCAUACAUGCAGAUCACACUAAGUUAAAUGCGCAAGAAGCUAAAACCCUCCAAGAUUUUAUAGCAAAGGGGAAAUUAGCAAUAAACAAAUAACAACAACAGCCAUUUGACGAUAAAGAAACACGUUUUUUCGCAAUAGAACAAGUUUUACGUUUAUAUCAACCGUUAUUAUAAAGGAGCAAUAGAAAAGAGAAUUUAAACGUUUCAGUUCUUUGAGUACAUUUAAACAACCUGGUUAUUUUUGGAACUUUACGAUUCAGUUAAAUUGAUUUUUAUAUACAGACUCUCCAUAUAUAUAGUGAAAAGUAAUUUAGUGAAAGACUUGGACUACUGUUAAGGCUAAGUGAUAUUUGAGACUUUUGGCAAAUAAUUUUUGGAAAAUUUUCGACCAAUUUCAUCCACCGAUCCAGAUUGUACGGAAGAUGAAGACAAAUUAAGCAAACCAUUCUCGUGCCUUAAAUUGGCCUUAAAUUAAUAGUAAAAAGGGUAAGAUAAAAAGCCAAAAAAGUUACAAAAAAUAUCUAAAUUAAACUGUUUACCUACCUGUUGAAUCGAUUUCUAGAUUUCUUUAAUAGUACAAAAUUAAAAGUAAAUUAAUAUUAAGACUUAGUUAAAUGUUUUUGUUAUAUCUAUACCUGUAAUGUUUUAUAUAUUAUAUAAAAUUGUACGGGCUUAAAAUAAUAAAAAUACACGGAUAUACAAUAAAUGAAGACAAUACAAAGACAAACGAAUACUAAAACAUUCAAGAUACCAUAAAACACGACAAUCUGCCGACCAAAACUCUUCGAGAGAAGCAAGCAAACCCGUAGGAAGUCUUCUACAAAUAGAAGCUAUUUUUCAAGAUACUCGGGCGGCAAACUGGAAUUCAUGUUGAAGUACUUCAACGAGAACAUAUCCCUCGCGCUCCAGGAGAGAUACAGGGACCUCCAUGAGUACCGGAAGGAGGUAGAGGACUCACCGAGGGAGGCAAAAGUACCGAAAAUUGCUGAGGAAGGUGAGAGCGUCGGCGGCGAAGGCGCCUUUGAAUCCAGCGCCGCGCCGCCGUUCCCUCGGCUCUUGGAGCAGCCUAAGGAGGAGGACAACUUCGUAGCGAGUUGGCUGCAGAACUCCUUCAAGAUGACAGCGGCCGAAGGCAACGAGGCUGCAGCGGGCGGCAGUGCCCUAGACCUGCGAGCGGCCCCGCUGUCGCUGCACAUACCGGCAAUACAGGCGGAGGCACAGAGGUUCAAGAUGCAGGACUUCUGGAACCGGAGCCGGCCGCCGUCGCCCGUUCAGGAAGACCAGCCGGGCCCAGCACCACCAACACCUCAGCCACCGCCGACACCUGACCACAAGAUUAUGGCGGAAAAACUCGUUAGUGAAAUACAGCAACAGCAGUCACCAUCAGCCGAUUCAACGAUGAGCGAACGAUCACUUGUACCAUUUGCGCUGGUAAAUUUACUGUCUUCACUCAAUAAUGUCGAUCAACCCCAGCAGUCGCCGACAGGGGAAGUCCCGAUAGGUGAUCGCAACUCGAUGUUGCCAUUCGCAUUGGUAAAUUACCUGAAUAGCCUGAAUAUCGAUCAGCAGGCGAGGUCCGGACAGAGCAUCAGCGAGAGGACCCUGGAGGAGUGCUGGUCGACGCUUCAACGAGUGAGUUGGCACCUGUUUCAAUGUAUUUUCAUGCACAAGAACGCCAUGCAAAUGCAUGCCAGAGAGCUCCAGCGAGGGUUGGGAGGCGAGGUGAAGCCCCACCAGUGCCAGCAGUGCCUCAAAUCGUUCAGCUCUAACCACCAGCUCGUUCAGCACAUCAGAGUUCACACCGGCGAGAAGCCUUACAAAUGCUCAUACUGUGACAGAAGAUUCAAACAACUAAGCCACGUACAACAGCACACAAGAUUACAUACAGGUCAGUUCAUUGGUUUGAAAUUGGAGUACGUCCACGCGCGGCGACGUCUCGUUGUGGAAUGAGCUA